GGACGCGGUUGCCGUGGUGACGGAGGUGACGCAAUGACGUUGCGUUUGCGUGUCUUCAAAGUGGCGUACGCAUGCCCGGGGACGGUUGGAAAGUUGGAAGAAGGUAACCAAGAUGUCCGAGGGUCCCUCCAAGAUAUCUGGUCCCAUUCCACCAGACCCAACACUAUUCCCAGAUUUCUACAAGCGUCCGCUGUCAGCUCGGGGUCGGCUAGAAGGGAAUAGCUUAAAACUAGACUUCCUUUUGGGACCAUUAGCCCCUGAUCCCACCUUGUACCCCUCAUGCUACAGUGCCCGCCCAUCGCGGCCAGGUCCUCGUGUGCGUUCGAAUGCCAGAGAGAUCCUGGAGAGAGGGCAAAGGGGCUCUGUCGGCAUGCUGCUGCAGCUGGAAGGAGCGUCAUUGCAUCGACCAUUGUCACCAAAAAAGAAAGAACUGAAAGAUCAUGAAAAGGAGAAUGUGAGGCGCAUGCGGGAGAUACAGAAGAAAUGCAGGGAGAAGGACCAAGAGCGAGAACUGAGUGGCCCCAAACCUGUUAAAGCGCUUUGGAAGUCCCAGAAAUAUGAAUCCAUUCCUUCAAAAGUGAUGACACAGUUACAGGAGAGUUCACCCCCCCAACAUUCUGAAAGUCAACAUUAUCUUAAAGCACACUCAAGAUGUGGGUCAGGUGUUUGCCCAAAGAGAUCCUUGUCACCAAGUCCACCAAAAUCAGAGAGUUGUGCUGAAGUAGUGGAAGAUGCCAGCAGAGAGAUUCAUGUCAAAGGUGUUAAUGUUGAUUUUGUAAAGCACAAUGCUCAGAAUGCAAGGAGAAUGCCAGUGCGACGCUCCAAAUCUCUGCAGUCACUUGCCGAAGUGCUUGAUAGGAAAGCGAAGGAACAACAGGAAUAUAUAAGCAAGAACAAAGGCCAGCUUCCUCAGUAGUAAGCAGGGACUAUUGGUAUAUUUUAAACUUUACUAAACCUUUUGCUUUCUAUCUUAUCUUCUGCAGUAAUUUAUUUAAAUCAGUCUGGUACUACUGCAACACGAUGUGCAUUCUUUUUAUUCCAGAGACUGUCCCUGUCUCACCUUAAACUUCCAUCUCUCCAUCACAGCCUUCAGCAUUUCUCCACUUUAUGCUGUCUUUGUCACUGUUCUUCUUAAAUUUUGUUGUCAUUCUAAAACGCGAAAUCCAAUUUCUUAGAUGUGC